AUGGGGCAUAUGACGAAAGAUUGCACACAGUCGUGUCAGACUAGUAACCGAGGUGCCACGAGCUCGAUAGGAUCAGUUCCCAUAACAAGACCAGCUACAACACCAUCUGCCACCAGAAAUGAACAAAGGCAAGGAAGGGUUUUUGCACUGAUUCCAGGGGAUACUCAAAAUACUGAGGUAGUAGUAUCAGGUACAAUCUCCAUUUGUGGUAAACUUGCUCAUACUUUAAUUGAUUCCAGGUCUACACAUUCGUUUAUUUCUAUGGCUUUUGCUGAAACAUUGAAUAGACCUAUGGAAACAUUGAACUAUAUACUAUGUGUUGCAUCACCUACGAGGGGAUCCAUGUUAUGUUCAACUAUAUUUGUUGCAUGUGAAGUAUUUCUCAGGAAUGCUACCUUUUAUGCCGAUUUAAUACCUUUAGACAUGAGACAUUUUGAUGUUAUUUUGGGUAUGGAUUGGCUAGCUAAAUAUGAUGCAACUAUUGAUUGUGCCUUGAAACGAGUGAUAUUCCGACCUCCCGGACAAGAAGAAUUUUAUUUUGAGGGAAAAUGGGUAGUUUCACCACCAUACCUCACAUCUGCCAUGAAAGCCCGAAAACUAAUAAAUAGGGGUUUUCAAGGGUAUUUGUGUAGUGUAAUAACCGAACCAAUGGUAGACAUUACUCUAGACAAUAUACCAGUGGUGAGAGAUUUUCUUGAUGUGUUUCCGGAUGAAUUACUUGGCCAAUUUGUUGAUAGAGAGAUUGAAUUCACAAUUGAUGUAAUACCAGGAACUCAACCAAUUUCUAAAACUUCCUACCGUAUGUCUACCACUGAAAUGAAAGAAUUGAAAACUCAGUUGCAGGAACUGCUUGAUAAGGGCUUUAUUCAUCCAAGUACUUCACCGUGGGAAGCACUGGUAUUGUUUGCAAAGAAGAAAGAUGACACUCUCUGA